UCACCCGGAAGUAUUUGGAGAUCUUUAACUCAGCUGCAAGUCGGCGUUUGAACAAAGGACUGAAACAGAAAACAUGGCUUUGGACGUCAAGUCCAGAGCUAAACGAUAUGAAAAACUGGACUUUCUCGGAGAGGGUCAGUUUGCCACAGUUUACAAGGCAAGAGACAAAAUAAAAAACACCAUCGUCGCGAUUAAAAAGAUUAAAGUCGGACACAGAACAGAGGCAAAAGACGGAAUCAACAGAACAGCCCUGAGAGAAAUCAAGCUGCUGCAGGAGUUGAGUCAUCCAAAUAUUAUUGGACUCCUCGAUGCCUUUGGACAUAAAUCCAACAUCAGCCUCGUGUUUGACUACAUGGAGACUGACUUGGAGGUUAUCAUAAAGGAUACAAGUCUUGUACUGACGCCAGCCAACAUUAAAGCCUACAUCCUGAUGACGCUGCAGGGUCUGGAGUACUUGCACCAUCACUGGAUCCUACACAGGGAUUUGAAGCCAAAUAAUUUACUGCUUGAUGAAUAUGGGGUUCUGAAACUAGCUGAUUUUGGAUUGGCCAAAGCCUUUGGGAGUCCUAACAGAGUUUAUACACAUCAAGUUGUGACCAGAUGGUACCGUGCCCCCGAGCUGCUCUUCGGAGCCAGGAUGUAUGGGGUGGGUGUGGACAUGUGGGCAGUGGGCUGCAUCCUCGCAGAACUCUUACUCCGAGUCCCUUUUCUGGCUGGAGACUCUGACCUGGAUCAGCUGACAAAGAUUUUUGAAGCUCUUGGGACUCCAACAGAAGAAACUUGGCCUGGCAUGACCAAUCUCCCAGAUUACGUCUCCUUUAAACCGUUUCCUGGUACACCUUUAGAGCACAUUUUCAGCGCAGCGAGCGAUGACCUCCUGGAGCUCCUGAAGGGCUUGUUUACCUAUAACCCCUGCACCCGCCUAACCGCAUCAGGGGCUUUGAAGAUGCAGUAUUUCAGCCAGAAGCCAGCACCUACCCCAGGCCCUCAGCUUCCCCGACCAAACUGUUCAGCAGAAGCUCUAAAAGAAAAAGAAAAUCUCACCAUCGGCAUUAAAAGAAAACGGGACACUAUCGAACAAGGCACUCUGAAGAAAAAGCUGGUGUUUUAGGUCAUGUGGUUUGGAGACAUUCGUCUGCUUUUGAGCCGUACGGCCUCUAGUGCUGCUGCAGACGUCCUCUAAUAAAUACAUUGGUCAGCCUUUCAAGUAACUAAUUGUGACUGCUGGAACGGGCAUAUUUAUGUUGAUUCGAUCAAUCAUAUUUUUUCAGUUAUUUUUAUACACAUGGUAUGUAAUUAAAUUAUAGUGAAAAAAUGCUAAA